AUGGCCAGGACGGCGGCAUCCGAUGACGACGACGAUGGCCCGCCCACCUACACCGUGGCGCGUGGGACACGCCGUGACCCCCGGCUCAAGGACAUGGGCAUCUCUUGCAUGCUCAACACCGAGGUUGCCGCGCUCCUCGCCGUCAUCCGCCGCCGCCCAGACCCCUACACUUACCUGCCUCCAGCGGUCGCCGCCGCCGAGGAGGCCGUCUUCGCGGGCCUCAUCCAGUCUCUCAAGAGCCUCCGCGCCCUCCUCUUCCAGCCUCGACACGGCGCGUGGCGCUGCUCCGACCCGUCCAUGUACCUGUCGCCGUUUCUCGACGUCGUGCAGAGCGAGGAGGUCCCGCCGGCGGCCACCGGAGUGGCGCUGUCGUCCGUGCUGAAGAUCCUGCGGAUCGAUGUGUUCGACGAGUGCUCGCCGGGCGCCCGGGACGCGAUACAGGCCAUCUUGACCGCGGUGACGAAUUGCCGCAUAGAGCGCAUCGCGGAGGCCGGCGCCGGCGCCGAGGAGGCGGUGCUCCUCCGCGUGCUGCAAGUGCUCGCCGCGCUCCUCCGUGCCCGCGCGGCGCCUCUCCUCUCGGACAGCGCCGUGUGCACCGCGGUCAACACGUGCUUCCAGGUUGUGCAGCACGCGGCCAGCAGCCGCGGAAGCGAGCUCCUCCAGCGCACGGCUCGGCACUGCAUGCACGAGAUCCUGCAGGCCGUCUUCGCCCGCUUGCCGGACAUCCGCGACGAAGCCGACGACGACUUGUCCGUCCCCUCCGCGGCAGGCUUCGGCGCGCGGUGCAUGGUUGAUAUCUUCAACUUCCUCUGCUCUCUGCUGCUGAACGCGCCCGACAUGGUCAUGACGCCCGAGGGACACGGCGCCUUCACCUCCGAGGAGGACGUGCAGCUCUUCGCCCUCGUGCUCCUAAACUCGGCCGUCGAGCUGGGUGGCGAGGCCAUUGGCAAGCAUCCCAAGCUCCUGCGCCUCAUCCAAGAUGACCUCUUCUACCACUUGAUCCACUAUGCCACGGAGUGCAGCCCUCUGGUCCUCUCCAUGAUCUGCAGCACGGUCCUCAACCUGUACAACUUCUUGCGACGGUUCCUCAAGCUCCAGCUGGAAGCAUUCUUCAUGUUCGUGAUACUUCGAGUUGGCAGCGGCGCGAGCGGGUUGCAGCUGCAGGAGGUGGCGAUCGAAGGGCUCAUUAGCUUCUGUCGGCAACCAACAUUUGUCAUCGAGAUGUACGUGAACUACGACUGCGACCCACUCUUGCGCAAUGUCUACGAAGAAGUCGGCAGGCUGCUCUGCAAGGCGGCUUACCCACUGUCGAACCCGAUGACGACCAUUCAGCUCCAGGCGUUCGAGGGUCUGGUGAACAUGAUCACCACCAUCGCCGACAACGUCGAGGUCGAGAAGGCCCCAGAUCGUGAAGCAUACAACGUGGACAUCUCUGAGUACCGGCUCUUCUGGCUGGAGCGGUGGGACUCCAGCGACGACCAUGGCCACGAGACCUGGGUGGACUACGUCCGCAAGCGCAAGCUCAAGAAGAAAAAGGUGGCCAUCGCCGCCAACCACUACAACCGCGACGAGAAGAAGGGCGUCGAGUUCCUCAAGCUCUGCCACUUGGUGCCCACCCCGCCGGAGCCCAAGAGCAUGGCCUACUUCCUGCGCUACUCGCCUGGCCUCGACAAGGUGAAGAUAGGGGAGUUCCUCGGCGACCCGGACGAUUUCAACCUCAAGGUGCUCAAGGAGUUCACCGAUACGUUUGAUUUCGCCGGAUCCGUCCUCGACACCGCCCUCCGCACCUACCUCGAGACGUUCCGGCUUCCUGGAGAGUCGCAGAAGAUACAACGCGUCCUCGAGCAUUUCUCAGAGCGGUUCUUCGAGCAGCAAGCACAAGAGGUCUUCGCAACAAAGGACGCGGCGUUCAUCCUCUGCUACUCGGUCAUCAUGCUCAACACCGACCUACACAACCCUCAGGUCAAGAAGAAAAUGUCAGAGGAUGACUUCAUCAGGAACAACCGCGCCAUCAACUCUGGCAAGGACCUGCCCAGGGAGUACCUGUCGGAGCUCUUCCACUCGAUAGCGACGAACGCCAUCACCAUGUUCAGCCAGGGCAUCACCAGCAUCGAGAUGACCACUAGCCGCUGGGCGGACAUCGUCAAGCGAUCACGCUCCAUGGAGCCGUUCACGCCUUGCGACUUCAAGCACAAGCUCAGUCGAGAGUUCCUGUCCCUCGACAACGCCGGCGAGUCGCUGCUCUCCGUGGGCAAUGAGUUCGAGAACAACCUCAAGAUUAUCCAGCAAUGCCGGAUCGGGAGCAUGUUCACCGAGAGCGGGAAGCUGCCUGACGAGUCGCUGCAGAACCUUGGCCGGGCGCUCAUCUUUGCGGCUGGUGGCAAGGGCCAGAAAUUCAGCACCCCGAUCGAGGAAGAGGAGACGGUCGGCUUCUGUUGGGAUCUCAUACUGCUCGUGUCGCUGGCGAACCUUCAGCGCUUCUCCUUGCUCUGGACGCACAUGCACGACUGUUUCACGGCCGUGUCCCAACUGCCGCUCUUCUCGCCAUGCCCUUUCGCCGAGAAGGCCAUCGUUGUGCUCUUCAAGGUCGCCGUGAAGCUGCUCCCUGGACAGCCCAGCCCCGACCGCUUCGCCGAGGAGCUCAUUUGCAAGUCGAUUAACCUGAUGUGGAAGCUCGACAAGGAGAUCCUCGACACAUGCUGCGAGGGCAUCUCGGAGUGCAUCGUCAAGCUCAUCAUGGAUCACGCCGGGAGCGUCCAGACGCCGAUUGGGUGGAAGACGCUGCUGCAUCUGCUCUCCGUCACUGGCCGCCACCCGGAGACCUUCGACCAGUCCGUGGCCGCCAUGAUCAAGCUCAUGAGCGACGGGGCUCAAAUCACGCGGUUCAACUAUGCCGCCUGCAUCGAGGCAGCGUUCGGGUUCGCCGCUCUCAAGAUAAGCCCCCUCGAGAUCAGCACCAAGAUCCUGGAGCUGAUGGCGGACUCCGUGAACUGGCUCGUGCAGUGGCACAAGUCGGGGUACUCUGAUCCGGGCAGCAGCAACAGUAGCGGCAGCAGCAACAGCGGCUCAUCCUGGCCCGAGGACGCGUCGCGCAUGGGCAACCUGGCCACCAACAUGUUCAUCAAGCUGGCCGAGACGCUGCGCAAGACGAGCCUGGUGCGGCGAGAGGAGAUCCGCAACCAAGCCGUGGCAGACCUCGGCCGGAGCUUCGCGCUGGCGGCGGCGGGUGAGCUGGACUUUGGCCCGGCGGGCUGCCUGGCGUGCUUCAACCUCGUUAUCUUCGCCAUGGUGGACGACCUGCACGAGAAGACGCUGGAGUACUCCCGGCGAGAGGGCGCGGAGCGCGAGACGAGGAGCAUGGAGGGUACACUCGCUGCGGCGACCGAGCUGCUGGCCGACGUGUUCCUGCUGUUCCUUGGGACACUGGCGCAGGGUCCAGGCUUCCGGACGUUCUGGCUCGGCGUGCUGCGGCGGAUGGACACAUGCAUCAAGUCCGACUUGGCUGCCGGCGGCGGCGCCGGCGUGAUGCAGGAGCUGGUGCCACGGAUGCUCAAGAGGAUGAUCGUGGAGAUGAAGGACAAGCAGGUGCUGGUACAGAGAGACGGAGACGAGCUCUAUGAGAUCACUCACAUCCAGAUCCAGUGGAUUGCACCUGCUCUCAAAGAUGAGCUGUUCCCUGAGUAG